UUGCCAAUUUAUAACAGUCUUAUUGAUGAGAACAAAGAGUAUGUUCUAGAGGCCAAGCCUGAUUCCAGACGAAGGCGCAAAAAUCCGCUAGAUUUCUGGUUGAAAGUUCAAUGGGUUUUGUACAAUUUUGUUUUCACAUUUGUCACAGCAAUUGGCAAGCGCGUGCGUGAAGAUCCGGUUGUACUUGCCCGAGCUGGUUUUAUUAUGGUUUGCGGUUUAGGUGGUCUCGUCCUUGGUAGUAGAGGAUUUCUGCGUCAAAUCACCUAUGGGUGUCUCGGUGCCGGUGUUGGAACCGUUAUGUGCUACCCCUCUGGUUCGCUUAAGGCUAUGGACUACGCUUGGAACUCGACCACGAGCAAGUUGAUUGAGACGUCAGAGGUUGAGGAUGAAUCAUGCACACUUGUGGAUUACCAAGCAAUCUCGCAAAUGGCGUAA